AUGCAGCAGCCCUUGAAUUACCCAUACCCCCCGAUCUUCUGGGUGGACAGCAGUGCCAGCUCCCCCUGGGCCUCUCCAGGAUCAGUCUUCCCCUGUCCGUCCUCAGUGCCAGGAAGGCCGGGGCAAAGGAGGCCACCACCACCGCCACCCCCAACACUACCGCCACCGCCACCGCUGCCUCCACUACCGCCACCACCUCUGAAGAAGAGGAGGGACCACAACACAGGCCUGUGUCUCCUUGUGAUGUUCUUCAUGGUUCUGGUGGCCCUGGUUGGACUGGGGCUGGGGAUAUUUCAGCUCUUCCAUCUACAGAAGGAGUUGGCCGAACUCAGAGAGUCCACCAGCCAGAGGCAUACAGCAUCAUCUGUGGAGAAGCAAAUAGGUCACCCCAGUCCACCCUCUGAGAAAAAGGAACUGAAAAAAGCGGCUCAUUUAACAGGCAAGCCCAACUCAAGAUCCAUCCCUCUGGAAUGGGAAGACACCUAUGGAAUUGCCCUGGUCUCUGGGGUGAAGUACAAGAAGGGCAGCCUUGUGGUCAAUGAAACUGGGCUGUAUUUUGUGUAUUCCAAAGUGUACUUCCGGGGUCAGUCCUGCAACAACCAGCCCCUGAGCCACAAGGUCUACUCCAGGAACUUUAGGUACCCCCAGGACAUGGUGCUGAUGGAGGGGAAGAUGAUGAACUACUGCACUCCUGGCAAGAUGUGGGCCCGCAGCAGCUACCUGGGGGCUGUAUUCAAUCUCACCAGUGCUGACCAUUUAUAUGUCAAUGUAUCUGAACUCUCUCUGGUCAGUUUUGAGGAAUCUAAGACAUUUUUUGGCUUAUAUAAACUCUAA